AUGUCACACUUGAGAUUUCAAAAAGAAUUGAGUAACAUAACCCGCAUGGACGACGCUAUCAAAGGACCUACUCCUCGAUGGCAGAAAAAAUGCCUGGAAACUUCCGCCAACUUGAGUAUGUCGUUAAAUAACUCAAGGAAGCCAAUGAGCAACAGCUCGAUGAUGAACAUCAUGGUUCCCGGCAAAACACCAACAAAACGUGCGGAAACACGGACGAAAAAGACACCUAAAAGCGGGAAAAAGUCUCCAAGCCGCAAUGCUACAACUCCGAAGACUCCAAGUGGUGGAGAUAGAUUUAUUCCUUCAAGGACAACGACUAACUUCGACCUGGCUUACCACAAGCUCACCCAGGUCAAGCUUGAGCAAGAUGCCAACAAAAAUGAAACCAGUCCGAAAAAAGAGAUGCAAAGACUAAUUGAGACUAUGACUGGAGUGGAUAUCAGCAGCAACCAGCGAGUCCUGUCUUACCAGAACAAGGCUCCAGCUCCUCCAGAGGGCUAUCAAAACCCCUUGAGAGUUGUUUACAGUCAAACAAAGACCCCAGCUAGUGUAAAAACUUCAUCUCGGUACAUUCCUCAAGCUCCUGAUCGUAUUCUUGACGCUCCUGAAAUUGUUGAUGACUACUACUUAAAUUUAGUCGACUGGUCUCCAAGUAACAUUCUAGCAGUUGCUCUCGGCUCGACAGUCUACCUUUGGAACGCCGCUUCUGGAACAAUAGAACAGUUGUUCGAGCUAGAAAAUAACGAAGUAGUUUGCUCAGUAGCUUGGAUCCAGGAGGGUCCUUAUUUAGCAGUAGGGAUGCCUUCUGGUAGUACCGAGCUCUGGGAUUGCAGUCAAAUGAAACGUGUACGAAUUAUGAACGGACAUGCUGCAAGAGAAGUUUGUGGUCUCAAGUGGUCACCCGACGGCAAAUAUUUAGCAAGUGGUGGUAAUGAUAAUAUGCUACAGAUAUGGUCAGCUGUUGGUGGGCAUCACCACGCGCAUAAUCAAGCUUUAUACUCGUUUAAUCAUCAUCAAGCUGCUGUUAAAGCUCUAGCUUGGUGUCCAUGGCAGACAAAUAUUUUGGCUAGUGGUGGUGGUACUGCUGAUAGAACAAUUAGAUUUUGGAAUUGCAAUAAUGGUACCUGCUUAAACACCAUCGACACUAAAUCACAAGUAUGCUCAUUACUCUGGUCAACGACCUACAAGGAAAUAGUAUCAGGACACGGAUACGCUCAAAACCAGCUAACAAUAUGGAAGUACCCGUCGAUGGCGAAAGUUGCAGAAUUAACUGGACACACCAGCCGAGUUUUGCACCUGGCUAUGUCCCCAGAUGGCACGACAGUGCUCAGCGCCGGUGGAGACGAGACACUGAGACUCUGGAAGUGCUUCCAGACAGACCCUCUUAAAAAGAAGAAAGAGAACACUGAUAUUAAAUCUGUCGCUUCUAAAUUAAAACAAUCUAUCCGAUAA